AUGAGUUCUGCAUCCUCGUCUUCGAGCGGCAACUCGGAUGCAACAAGCGAUACUGACUCUACGCUUAAUGCGCACAUGAAGUUCUUUAACCUAGAUGAUGGCGAUGAAGACAAAGAAGAGCUUGCCGCAUGCCCGUUGUUCACCCAUGAUGUUCUCAAGUAUGGAACUUCUAUGGACGAGAACCCUUUCACUCAACAUGGCCUUCUUGGUGGCGUGGUCGAGAACAACGGCGCGGCCUAUGGUAACGUCGAUGAUGUUGCAAAAGACCCUCGGCUGUAUUUUAACGCAACGGCGCCUUCGAGCGUCUUUAUCUGUGGCAGUCAAGGCUCUGGAAAGAGUCAUACCCUGAGCUGCCUGCUGGAGAACUGCCUCAUGCAGUCAGAGGCAAAUGUUUUACCCCGUCCACUGACAGGGAUCGUAUUUCACUAUGAUCCCUGGGUGUCUGCUACCAGGGGCUCACCUUGUGAGGCGGCAUAUCUAGCUUCUGCCGAGGAUGUCUCAGUGAGAGUUUUAUGCCCUCCCACCAACGUUCGACAAAUCCAGGCUAUUUACUCCAAGCUACCAAAUGUCCAAGUGGAAGCUCUGCGCAUCAACCAGUCCGACUUGAAUACCAAGCGCAUGAUGGAUUUGAUGGCCCGCAUUCUGCGAGACCUGCGGAUUGAACAGCAGCAAAAGAGUACCAGUUUCAACUAUCUUGAAUUCAAGAAUCGUCUCAUGAAAGAGGAUAUGGCCAUUGGCCAACUGGUGCCUCUCCAGCAACGACUCGAAACGCUGGAAAGUUUCAUGGUCAAAGAGCAGGUAAUCAAGGUGGCUGGUAAAGCUGUCAAGCAAAGUGUAGGAAAAGGAAUAGAUUGGAAACCCAAGGCGGGCCAGCUCACCAUAAUCGACCUCUCGUGCCCUUGCGUAACAGAAGAGACGGCCUGCUCUCUCUUUAAUAUCUGUCUAAGCCUCUUUUUGGAACAGAACCCGGAGGAUAUUGGCCGUGUGGUCGCCUUGGACGAGGCGCACAAAUACAUGACUGAUACGGCAGAGUGUGAAGUUCUGACACAGGCACUUCUCUCCAACAUUCGCCUCCAGCGUCACUUGGGCGUCCGAGUCAUAAUAUCGACACAAGAGCCUACUAUUUCCCCCAAGUUACUAGACUUAUGCUCGGUCACGAUUGUGCACCGAUUCACUUCUCCCGACUGGCUCCAAAGCCUGAAGAAGCACUUGGCCGGCGCGUCAAUCUCGUUAUUGACCAAAACUAGCAAUGGUCAUUCUGAUGGCGACGAUAACAUGAAUAGCCUUGCUGCGGAUAUCAAUCCCAAUGACUUUGCAAUGAAGCUAUUCAGCAAGAUCGUAGCUCUUCGACGUGGCCAGGCCCUAUUGUUCUGUCCAUCUGCCAUCAUCGACGUGCUCACAACGGCACUCAAAUUGGAGAACGGAUCUUCUACCGGCAAUGCAUGGGAUAAUUCCAAGGACUCUGUCUUAAAGGAAGUCAACCCGCAGCUUGUCAAGUUGUCCCAUGGCCACAUGAAGAUUCGUGUGCGCAAGAGAAUGACGCAAGAUGGAGGAAGAAGCAUCCUUGCUGUCUAA